AUUUAUUCUCGAUUCAGUGUCGAAUUCGUUAUUUCGGUUCCCUCUCGAUCGCGCAUGCGUAUUAUUAGUUCACGCAUGCUUAUUGGUAUUAUUGCUCUAGGAAUUCACCAUUUUUAUACCGGUGGAAACAAAAGCUUGCCGCUUUAAAGCAUGGCAGAUGGAGAGGGUUUCGUGGUGCGAGUGCGAGGAUUGCCUUGGUCCUGUUCAGCCGAUGAAGUCCAAAGAUUCUUCUCAGAAUGUAAGAUCGCGAACAACGGCACGAGCAUCCACUUCACCUACACGAGGGAAGGCCGGCCGAGCGGAGAGGCGUUUGUGGAGUUCGAAAACGAGGACGAUCUGAAGAUCGCUGUAAAGAAGGACCGAGAAACCAUGGGACACCGUUAUGUAGAAGUUUUCAAAUCCAACAGUGUGGAAAUGGACUGGGUUUUAAAGCACACCGGUCCUAACUGUCCAGACACGGCAGGAGACGGCCUGGUCAGGCUCCGAGGUCUGCCCUUUGGCUGCAGCAAAGAGGAGAUUGUUCAGUUUUUUGCAGGGUUGGAAAUCGUGCCAAAUGGGAUAACAUUGCCGGUGGACUUCCAGGGGAGGAGUACGGGGGAGGCCUUCGUGCAGUUUGCUUCACAGGAUAUAGCUGAAAAGGCUCUAAAGAAACACAAGGAAAGAAUAGGGCACAGGUACAUAGAGAUUUUCAAGAGCAGCCGCGCAGAGGUGCGUACACACUACGAGCCGCAGAGGAAGGUGAUGGGAAUGCAGAGGCCGGGACCCUACGACCGGCCGGGCGGCCGCGGAUACAACAGCAUGAGCCGGGGGGUCUCGUUCGAGCGCGUACGACGUGGAGGAUACGGAGGAGAUGGGCGUUACGGGGACGGCGGUUCCUCUUUUCAGAGCACGACCGGUCACUGUGUGCAUAUGAGAGGCCUCCCGUACAGAGCCACAGAAACCGACAUCUAUAACUUUUUCUCUCCCCUGAACCCGGUGCGUGUGCACAUGGAGAUCGGACCUGACGGGAGAGUAACCGGCGAAGCAGACGUGGAGUUCGCGACGCACGAAGACGCCGUAGCUGCCAUGUCAAAAGACAAAGCCAAUAUGCAGCAUCGUUACGUCGAGCUGUUCCUGAACUCGACAGCAGGGGGCAGCAGCGGCGGAUAUGGAGGAAACCAGUCGUCUUAUGGACACGGCGGUCAGCAGAUGAGCUCCGGAUACAGCGGCGGCUACAGCAACCAGAGCAGCAUGGGAGGAUACGGUGAUUACAGUAAUCAGGGCGGAAUGGGGAGUAGUUACUACGGCGGGGGAAGCCGCGGCUCCAUGGGGAUGAACGGCCUGAACAGCAGCAUGGGUGGAGGCUGGGGCAUGUAGCUACAACCAGCUCCGAUCUCCACUAACUCCCGGAUUUCACGUUUCUCUACGAUUUCAUUUGCUUUCUUAGCAACGUUUUUUUUUUGUGUUUUUUUUUUUAAAACAAGUGAAAACCUUUUCCAGUUUUAUUUUUCGUUGUUUUGUAUCGAAGGUGAAGUACAUUUCCAGACGUUACCUUAGCCGUAAACAUUGCCUGUCAAUUAGUUGAAGUAUUUAUAUGCACAAGGACAACUUUCUUGACUGUCUGGGGAAAGGGGGGGGGAAUUCAGAUUUGUAGCGUGAAGCUGAUUUUGUUGGAAAGCAUGAAUGCAGAGGGAGCUGUAGCUGUUGCGUAAUGUUCAGUAGAUGCAUGUAUUGUUUAUAGUGUUUUGAUCGUGCGCUCUUCUCUCUCUAACUGUAAUUUUCUUUCUUCUAAUGCGAUGCGAGGAACAGAUCGACGUCCAGCUUUCAGUUGUUGCACACGAGCGGAUAUUUUUUGCUGGGGCAGUGUUUAUUAAAAUCGGUAUCGUUCCAUUGAACAA